AAAUAAUAGGUCUAUAGUAUUUUAAAACAUUAUUUUUACUUAUAAAUCCUGUAAAAUACUAAAUGAUAUAUGUUCAAGUAUUUUUUUUAAACACAACAUGUAAUUAUAAAUUAUUGUAAACAUAUUUAUUUCCCAUAAUAUAAAUAAAUAAAUUUAAAAAUGUAUUAUAUGUAAAAUGUAUAAGUUAAAGAAAAAAAACAUAUUUUAAAAGAGGUUAUCUAUUUGAUUAUUUCAGAUUGUUAUUUUAUUCUACCUAGUUCGAAAAUAUAUUAGUAAGUAAUAAAAAUUAAUAAUAAAGUAAAAUGUAUUAAACAAAUCACUAUAUAUUAAUAAUACAGAAUAAAAAAUAACAAUAAUAUUAUAGAGUUACACAAUAUAUAACACUAAAAUAGAAAUUAUAUAUUUAAAAUAUUGUGAUAAUAUCAAAUACAUUAAUAACAUGAAAAAAUAUCCGCGCGGACGUGUAGGUUAAAAUCUAGUUAGAGUAUUAAAUUGGAUAUUCUAGUAUUAAGAGCUUCAUGAAAUUUAGUUAUAUUAUGGGAUUAUCUCUUAAAUUAAAAUAUAUUAUAGUUAUUUUUGAAUUAGUUAAUUAUUUUUUAUUUGAUAAUAUUACCAUUAAUAAAUGUCUAAAACUAACAUUUUUAAUGGUAGCAUGGAUUAUAAAUCAUAUGUUAGACGAAAAUGUAUUGUAUAUAAUGUUUUUGUUUUAAUAUAAUAGACAACAAUGUUUUCAGAAAAAAAGAAUAGCUAACAAAAAUGAGGAUGCUGUUGAGUGUUUUUGUAAGACUUGUAUGACACUGAAAUUGAGCUAAAAUCAAAGCAUAUUUACCAAUCACUCAUUUAGUUCAAUAGGGUACAUAUUUAGAAAAAUUAAAAUUCACAUUGUAGGUUCAUUUCUAUAAAUUUAUAUUUGGAAAAGGUAGGUCUUUAAAUUUCACAUUGUAGGUUAUGUUUCCCAUCCCCAGAAUUUCGCAAACCAAGUUAGUGAGGGUAGAAACCUAAAGUUAAUGAUUUUGGUUUAUUAUUAAUGUAAAUAACUAAAUAUGUCAUAUUAACUAUUUUUUAAGUGGUCAUACUAUGAUUUGUUAAUAUAGAUAAAAACAUAAUCCUAAAUUAAUAGAUUUGAUGAUUCUAGAAUUAUAUUCUGUCAAACAACGUUUUAACAAACUAAAACAAAGAUUUUUACCGGAAAAAAAAAACUAAAACAAUGAGAUGUCAAAAAAAAACAAAACAAAGAGUAGGACGAUCACUAGCUGGAAUAGAGGAAUAUCCGGAUAUCCAAAAAGAAAAAAAAACUUGGAAAAAUGGCAUUCCAACAUAUAGCUUUUUUUUUUUUGUAUACUAAACAACAUAUAGCUUGUUGGAAUCAAAUGAGAUAGAAACUUUCAAAUUCAUACAAGAAUGAGGCGUAUUGGAUUUCACAACUUAAAUCAACAAAGAACAAGGAGGAUACUUACUUCUUCUUCUUCUUCAACCGUUCUUCCUCAUCUUGCACCAUCAUGUCAAGAAACCAUUCUCUCACCCCAAGAUCCAAAACCCAAAACAGAUCUUCCAAGCAGUUUCAGCUUCUUGCGAGAAACAAAGCCAUCCAUUUCUUGCCCGAGGAAUCAAGUUACAGAUUCAGUGAACAGAGUUAAGCUCCGAGAUGGGAGAUUCCUAGCUUAUAAAGAGAGAGGUGUUCCAAAGAACGAAGCCAAAUACAAGAUCAUUCUUAUUCAUGGGUUUGGAAGCUCCAAAGAGAUGAACUUCUCUGCUUCAAAAGAGUUGAUAGAAGAGCUAGGCGUAUAUUUUCUACUCUACGACCGAGCUGGAUAUGGAGAUUCUGAUCCAAACCCGGAACGUUCGUUGCAAGGCGAAGCGCUUGACAUAGAAGAACUUGCUCGUAAGUUGCAGAUAGGACCCAAGUUUUACUUAAUUGGAGUUUCCAUGGGAUCAUAUCCUACGUGGAGUUGUCUUAAACACAUACCUCACAGGCUAGCUGGAGUGGCGUUUGUAGCUCCGGUCGUAAACUAUGGGUGGCCGUCGCUUUCUAAGAAGCUUAUAAAGAAAGACUACAGGAGGGGGCUUAUAAAAUGGUGUUUUCGGAUAUCGAAAUAUGCACCUGGCCUGUUACAUUGGUGGAUCAGUCAGAAACUCUUCCCAUCAACUACUUCAGUCCUUGAAAGCAAUCAACUCUAUUUCAACAGCAGUGACAUUGAGGUACUCAAGAGAAUUACCGGUUUUCCGAUGCUUACUAAGGAUAAACUACGGGAAAGGAGUGUAUUUGAUACUCUUAAAGACGAUUUCUUGGCGGGGUUCGGGCAUUGGGACUUUGAUCCAUCUGAUGUAAGAAUGAGUGGAGAGAACUCUGUUCAUAUAUGGCAUGGAAAGGAAGACAAGGUGGUUCCGUUUCAACUUCAUAGAUGCAUCUUGAAGAAGCUGCCUUGGAUCAAAUAUCAUGAGAUACCUCAUGGAGGACAUUUGAUCGUACACUAUGAUGGUACGUGCGAUGCGGUUCUAAGGGCACUAUUGCUCGGGGAAAAUCAAAAGAUGUAUCAACCCGAAUACAACUAAAAUCUCUUGUGUUUGGAGACACAUACGAUUUCAAAUUGUUAACGAGCAUUUUGUCAUAUAAGAACUACAAUACAUUCACAAAACUACAUGAAACACACACACACACACACAUAUAUAUAUAUAUGACCUACUAGUUAAUCCUAUUUUUCCUCCUAUAGAGCAAGCCAUGAUCAAGAGAAUGAUAAACGUUGAUUUUGGCAUCUACAACUACAAUAUAGAGGAAGAAAAUGGAGCAAUACGUCUUUAACUUGUGUAUGUAUAGAAGGUUAACUAUUAUUUAUCAUACGAAAUUACUGCAAAUUGUUUUACAAAAAAAAAAAAAAAAGAAAUUACUGGAAAUUAGAUUGAAUGAAAUAUCUCAUAAAAUGUAACUUACUGAAAGUUUAAAACAAAUAACAACACAGUGAAAUCUAAUUUAGACUAGACAUUAGCACAAGCAGAAUAUACAGACCUCAACUUAUCAAAAUCUAGACACACCAAAUAUCCACAUUUUUAUCAUUAUAAUUAAACCAGAGAAGGAAAAAAUUAAACCAGGGAGUAGCACAAUGUUCACACCAAAAUUCAAGAGUUUGUUGUAACACUUAUGCAGAUCAGGAUUAGGCUUAGGCCACACCUCUCUAGGAUCAGACAUCACUUCAGCAAUUUGCUAUUCGCUUUUUUCUUUCCUGUGGGUUUCUGUUUGUUAUUUGCCUCAUUUUUUUCCUACUGGGAAUUAACCUCUGGAUUGUGUAGUGUAACAGAAACCCUUCAAACUGGUUUCCCAUUGAUUAAAUUUGAGUUUAGCUUCUAAUAUUCUCUGAUCGAAUCACUCACACAAGCUCAUAUCUUCUUCAUCAAUGUCUUUAAGAUAUAUACUGGUUCUAAAGAUGUGAUCAUCAGUCUACCAGACGUUCUUAAAGCACCCACAUCCAUAGUAUACAUAAAAAUAAAAAAAUAGCAAAAGUAAGAAAAAUGAGAGAGAUGAUCUCUCAUAUGGGAAACUAUAAAAAUAAUUUGAGAAACCCAAGUACAUUGGUCACUCUUUUAGGAAUUCAACAACUUUAAAAUUUUAAAAGAUUAAUAAAAAACAUAACAAUAAUAAAUAUUUUACUAUUUUUGAGAAAUCCACAAGUUUUUUUACCAUUGAGUAUGCUCUUAUUGGCUACAUUUUGUUCU